UGGCGCAUGUUAAGCGCUGAAAUCGAGCGGUACGCCCACUGUCGUUAAUGCAUUCUCUCUCUCUGCUGCGUUUGCUGCAGCAGUCCGUUUAUCGUCUCUCUCUCUCUCUCUCUCUCUCUCUCUCUCUCCACAUAUAUAUAUAUAUAUAUAUCAUAUAUGUAUAUGUAUGUACUGCUAUAACCUUUUUUGGCCGGAGAGGCACCCAGACGAGCUUACGCAAGCACAUUCCUUUAAAGACGUCAGCCAGCGAGGGAGAGACCUUCAAAUCUCGACCUUAGCCUUUAUUUUUUUCCUACUCCCAUUCGCGUGCCCACCUUUUUCGCCACUUUCAGAGCCCUCCCUCUCUCUCUCUCUCUCUCUCUCUCUCUAGACCUUUGUCUUUCUUCUCUGGUCUAAUCUUCUGUCUUGCUCCCUCUUGAGCUUUCUCGUGCUUUCUUAAUUUUCUCUCUCUAGCCUGGAAUCUAGAAUUGGAGUCUCUACCAACUUUGUUUUGGUUUUUGUUUUUUUUCUUGCCCUCUGUUUCAUUGAUAGAGUAAUCCAACAGCAAAUGCGUCAAAGAAUAAGCUCGGUUACUUGAACGGAACUACACACUAUGAAGACAUUGAGGCAAUGGGAAGUGGUGUUUGCACCAAGAAAUGAAGGACAGACAGAGGUGGCAAGCUGAAGAGGAUGCUUUAUUACGUGCAUAUGUGACGCAAUAUGGCCCAAAGGAUUGGAACCUUGUGUCUCAGCGCAUGAACACACCCCUCAACAGGGACGCGAAAUCCUGCUUGGAAAGGUGGAAGAACUAUCUCAAACCCGGCAUUAAAAAAGGAUCUCUAACAGAAGAGGAACAGCGUCUUGUAAUCUGUCUUCAGGCUAAAUACGGCAACAAGUGGAAGAAAAUUGCUGCUGAAGUCCCCGGCCGAACCGCCAAGAGACUGGGGAAGUGGUGGGAAGUGUUUAAAGGGAAGCAGCAGAGAGAACAGAAGGAAAACAGGGUUGUAGACCCAAUUGAGGACGGGAAGUACAAUCAGAUUCUAGAGACAUUUGCCGAGAAGCUAGUGAAAGAGCGUCCUGCCCCAUCCUUUGUAAUGGCAGCUUCCAAUGGGGGAUUUCUUCAUAGUGACCCACGGGCUCCUCCUCCAACUUUACUUCCACCAUGGCUUUCUAAUCCCAAUGCAACAUCCACUGUUAGACCAUCAGCUCCUUCUGUAACCCUAAGUCUCUCUCCCUCAACCGUUUCACCCUCACCUUCAAUCCCUUGGCUGCAGCCCGAGAGAGGACCAGAUAGUAGCCCUCUUGUCAUGGGCAGUUUGCCAUCUCAUGGAGCGGCACCACCUUGUGGAGAGCACCCGCUGAUCUCUGAGCUCGCUGAAUGCUGCAGAGAAUUGGACGAAGGGCACCGUGCUUGGGCAGCGCAUAAGAAGGAAGCAGCAUGGAGGUUAAAAAGGGUGGAGCUGCAAUUGGAAUCGGAGAAGGCAAGCCGAAGGAGAGAGAAAAUGGAGGAGAUAGAGUCAAAGGUGAAAGCUCUUAGGGAAGAGCAGAAGAGUGCACUGGAUAGGAUUGAAGCUGAAUACAGGGAACAGUUAUUGGGACUGAGAAGGGAUGCAGAAGCCAAGGAACAGAAACUAGCUGAGCAGUGGGCUGCAAAGCACCUACACCUCAGUAAAUUUCUUGAGCAGAUGGGUUGCCGGCCUAGGCCUUCGGAGCCUAACGGCCGGUAAGAGGAUGUGUUAUUUAUGGUUGACCUGCUCUAUUACUUCUCUAACUCUUUGCACUGCCCUCUAUCUCGUUCGAACUUUAUCAAACUUAUUGUAUUCUCUAUGUUCAUUUAUAUAUUAAUUCCCUACUGAUAUUCAUAAUA